AUAAUCUACACUGGGAGGUGUGUGUGUGUGUGUUCAUGAAUAGUGAAGCAGGACAAGCUCUCCAUGAUGAAUAUUUAAUGAUGUGUGAAAGUGAGCUGAGCAUCACGUGGAUCAAAAUGCAUAAAAUCUCAGCAAAUGUUACUGUGUGAGUGUGUGUGUGUAUUCAUGACAAAAUAACAGGAAUAAGAAUGAAAUAAUAAAAAUUUGCAUUAUAUGAAUGUAUAGGGUGUGGCCACACAAUCAGGAGAUCGGGAAGACCUGGGUUCGAUUCUUGGGUAUCUCUAUGUGGAGUUUGCAUGUUCUCCCCAUGCAUGGGUUUCCUCCCACAUUCCAAAAACAUGCUAGGUUAAUUGGUGACUCCAAAUUGUCCAUAAGUAUGAAUGUGAGUGUGAAUGGUUGUUUGUCUAUAUGUGCCCUGUGAUUGGCUGGCACCCAGUCUAGGGUGUACCCCGUGUUUUGGUGUUAUUAUUAUAUGAAUGGGUCAAGAAAUGUGGAAAUUCGUAAGCUCAAAUGACUUUGUUUUUUACUUUGUUUUUUGGUGUUAGUGUUUUGAUGUUGGAAUGGUUGGAAUCAGUUGACAAAUACAGAUGAUGUAAUAAGAUUUCUUAAGAUUAAUUAAAUUUGUGUCAUGGAAAAUGUGAAAUUUUGGGAAUGUGGAAAAUUGUUAGCGUGAAUGUUUUGAUGCUGGAAUGCUGUAAUAAGUAAGUAAUUAAUUAAGUAAGUAAGUAAUUGAGGAAUGUGGGAUUAAGUCAUUCAUUUCAGUGGUAAUUUUUGAGCUGGUAAAACUGUGAAUUUUUGUGUAACUCCCUCGGAUGUGCAAAGAUCAGACAGCUACUAGUUCUUGUCUUUUACUGAUGGAUUUAUUACAAAACCAACGUGAGAACUAAAAGGGUACAAAGGAUACAAAAUACAAUAAAUUACAGGUCAUAUAAUACAAAUAUACAAUAAGCAAGACUAAUAACUAAUAAGACUAAUAAGGCUAAUAACUAAACUAAGACACUAAGAGACUGAAAGGAAAACAAUACAAAACACAUAUACUGUACCUUAAUGGCUGCACACAUGCCUUAGGAGGGAAUUAUAGAGAAGAUCUUAUAUCCUUUAGCACAUAUUCGCCUUUGAGCUCUAAUGGCAACAACUGAUCUUAAUUUCUAUUGGUGUAACAAUUAAACAUGCACAUGUGAAAACAACGAUUCUACACAAAAUUAGUUCCGCCUUAUUAACUUACCUUAUUAACACCUCGGUAGGAACCAAAAAUGAAAAUAGGGAGGAACUUAAAACUGACAGCAUACACUGACUGAGAGGCAGUUACAUUUUGGAAUAAUGAAAAUAGAAUGCCCUGAAUGGUGUACACGUACCUGUUUCCUGUCUCAGUGCGAGCCAGCCUCCAUGAGGUCACCGGACCCUGGACCCACUCAGUCAGCUUGGUCCAGGUGGUGUUGAUAGGACAACCAUGGCCAGCGUUGCUUCCUCUGCAACUGACGGCGGCCAGCAGGGGCACCAGAGCGAGCGUCCUGCUUGGACGAACCUCACUGUGGCGCCGCUGGGCAUGGGCGGACAACAGCUUCUCUCAGAGUCUCUGCGCAUUCAGAGGUUCGAGCCCCCGUUGGACCUCAUUGCAACUGUCAACCCAAUUAUGACAGGAGUCAGCCUGGUUGCCCCCCCUGACAUGCAGCCAGUCAAGGAGAUCAUACACUGCAAGAGCUGCACUCUCUUCCCUCAGAACCCCAACCUGCCCCCACCAUCCACUCGCGAGCGCCCUCCUGGCUGCAAGACGGUGUUUGUGGGAGGUCUGCCGGAGAAUGCCACCGAUGAUAUCAUCAGGGAGGUCUUCAGUCCGUGUGGCGACAUCACUGCCAUCCGCAAGAGCAAGAAGAACUUCUGCCACAUUCGCUUCAGCCAACACUUCAUGGUGGACAAGGCUAUGUACCUAUCAGGAUACCGAAUGCGUAUCGGGUCCAGCACGGACAAGAAGGACUCUGGCAAGAUCCACGUGGACUUUGCUCAGGCACGAGAUGACCUGUACGAGUGGGAGUGUCAACAACGGCUAAUGGCCAGAGAAGAACGACACCGCCAGACACUCUGGGAGGACCGCCAGCAGCCGCCGUCUCCGGCCCCCAUUGUGCAUUUCUCUGAGCAUGAGGCAGCCACGUUGGCGGAGGGACUGAAAGACAACCACAAGUUCAGCGAAGCUACGGCGGUGCUCCUCACCUGGAUGGACCGAGGCGAGGUCAACCGUCGCACCGCCAACCAGUUCUACUCCAUGAUACAGUCAGCCAACGGUCAUGUGCGCAGACUGUUGAGCGAGAAGGCUGUGCAGGAGGAGGAGAUGGAGCGCGCCAAGGAGGCCUUCAAGUGUGCCCUGGUGGCCAUCUUGACACAGUUUGAGCAGAUCUCGGCCGUGUUCACCGCCGCCAGCAGACAAAAGGCAUGGGACCAUUUCUCUAAAGCUCAGCGCAAGAACAUAGACAUUUGGCGCAAGCAAUGUGAGGAACUGAUGAAAGUCCAUGGUGAGGAGAUCAUGGGCAUCCGACGUGAAGAGGAGAUGGAGAUGUCGGAUGAAGAUUCAGAUGAAAGUCCUUGUAAGAAGAUAUGCAAAGACAGUGGGGUGUGUGAUCAAAUGGAGGCGGGCCUGCGAGAGGAGAACGUCUCCUUACGAUGGCAGCUGGAGGCUUACAUGAAGGAGGCAGAGCUUGCAAGGAAGGAGGCGGGAAAAGAAGACAACAACAAUGUAGUCGGGCUGACCAGGUGGCACUUUCCAGAUGCUUCCAUGCAGCUGCUGCAGCAAAGUGUCAUCAGCAUGCAGCAGCAACUCCACAGCCUGCAGGAGCAGCUAGCUAGCAAGGAGGCCGAGUUAGAGCAGGCGAAAGAGGAGCAUCACUUCCUGGAGGGGGAAGUGCUCUCACUCCAAGACAAGGGGGUCAGCGGGUGCCUCCCAUCAACGUACCUCAGCAGAGAGAGAAGUAAUGUUGUCCUGUCCGAAAAGGAGGCCCUGCUUCUGGGCGUGAUUUCGACCUUCCUCCAUGUUCACCCGUUUGGGGCCAACCUGGAGUACUUGUGGUCUUACAUGCAGAGACUGGACUCCAAGGUGUCGGCGGGGCAGCUGGAGCGCCUCAUGGUCCGUCUGCCCCUCAUGUUUAGGCAGGAACUGAGCGGUGUGGGAGCCACUCUGGAGAAACGCUGGAAGUUCUGCGGGUUUGACAGCCUGAGUUCGGGAUGACCCCGGAUCUGACAAACACAUGUACACAUACGCACACAGAUGUGCGUGUGUGUUUAUCACAGUGGACGAUGAUCACAUUGACCCUGAGUAUAGGUGGAUGUUCACAGCCUCUGGCGACCGCGGGGACCUGCAGGUGUGUGGAGAGGGGGGGUGAUAUGUCACGCUACAGCUGAGGUACCGUGCCUGCUACUAUGCUAAUGCACAAACAUGAGCCACUAGCCGUGUUUUUCUUGUUGAUGGAAAUCUUAUAUUGUGAUUGCAUCAAGACUUCGGCUUUCAUGUCAUUUUUACUAAUAUGAUUGACAGGCUUAAAAUGUUUGUUUGUAUUUGUGUUGUGAAGAUUUGGGCUAAAGAGGAAUUUCAUCAAAAAUUGUUUAGUUGUAGAUUUCUGGGUGCUGUGGGUGGAGUGAUCACAGUUGAGGGGAAGAGGUGGGGUCAACUUGGACAGAUUAGGUGUCAAUCACAGGACUGGCACAAGUAUCAAAUUGCUAUUAAUGUCAUUAUAUUAUUAUGCCAUUAUUAGAUUAUUAAUGAAGUGGUGAUUAUUAUACAACUUUUAAAGUCAUCAUUAUAUACUGUAUCAUGUCUUAAUAGUCAUACUGGAUUACCUCCGUGCUUAUAGUUUAUGCUGCAACGCUGCCAUCUGCUGGACAAAAGUAGUUGUUGCAGCUUGUUAUUGACCAACAUGCAGUAUUUCAUUUCAUGAAUUAAGUCAAUAAAAUACAAUUUACUGCACAUAGUGUUUUUCAUCUGAAUUGAUUCAUUGAUUAAUUCAUUCAGUGACUGAAUAGCAGGGUUGUAUUUAGAUAAAACAACAAAAACCACUUACGGGAGAAGCCAAUAAAAACAGAUUUGAAAUGUAAACCUCGAAAAGGAAAUGCAUAAUUCACAGGUUUAUUCUGGUAUUCUAAAGUGACGGGGUGAAUUUAUGACGUAUGACCAGAGGAAUGUGUACAUAAUGGAACCCGCCUAUAAAGCCCCCUAAAAAAAAUCCCCAAAUGUUCCAUUUACAUAACAUUAAUUCAAUCUCUACCGCUUAUCCUCACAAGGGUCG